CUCAACUUUUCAGCCUUGUACCCACUCACCUGGCGCUACAGGCCAUUUAAACUCAAACUGAGACAUCUUGCACUGUGGGCUAACUACGACUUCCUCUUCUGUUCCCCCUUGAGAUCAGAAGGUGGAGCUUGUUCCAGUGUUCAGAGUGAAAUAAAGAUGAUUGGAAUCCGUCACCUGUGGACUUUGUUGGUGAUUGACAGUGUGUUUGUGAGUGGUGACAUCCAGUUCCUGGAGAAGCGGGUGGGUGAGGUGGUGGUCUUUCCUUGCUCCAUCAAGACCAGUAGCCCCGCACCUUUGGCCUUCUACUUAAAGCGUACUUGGUUGCAUCUCAAUGACGUUGUCUUCAAGUACACCAACACGGAGGCACAUGUGUACAAUUCUCCGGACAAACAACGUCUGGUGGUCAGCGGUGACCCGAGGAGCCACUCUGUAAAUGUGACCUUGUCCGACCUGAGAGCCAACGACACAGACCGUUACGUCUGUGAGUUUGUGGUGGAGAACCCGUCUUCUGUGGAUGAGUACCGACCAGGAGAGAUGGAAUUCUUCCUCCUUGUUCAUGAUGAUGCCCCCAAUGGAUGGGUGGACAUAGGGCGGUUAGAAGUGUGCACCGGGGGUUCGGCCGUCAUCCCCUGUCUCCCCCCUCACGGCGAGGACCUGCCAGUGGAGGGGGUAAGCCUGACGCGGCAAAGGGGCCGAGAUCCCGUGGAGCUGCUGUACCACUCCAAGCACCACCAUCACCACCGCAACGGACCACCCUCCUCCACCUCCUCACGCUUCCAGCUGUGGUCGGCCCCGGGGCCCGGGGGCUUCACGUACAACCUCACCCUCCACCAACUGCAGCCAGAGGAUGGCGGCUUGUAUAGCUGCCAGCUCCUCCUGCGCGGCCGCCAUGACAGUAGCGCAUCACUAGACAGGCGACGAGCCGUCUUUGUUUCCGUGCAAGGUCAAUGCGGCUGCUCAAGCUACACCACCCUGCUGUACGCGCUGUCCUCCUCCGUGGCGGUCCUCCUCGUUCUCCUCACAUCGUUGCUGCUCUACCAAAAGAAAGCAUGCAGCAGCGGCGGCGGCUCCAAGACACGUCCUCCAGCACCCAUCUAUGAGGAGAUGGUCGGUGUGCAGCCCCUCGGUGUCAAACUGGGGCAUCUGGAGGAGCCCAGCGAGGACAAAAACUGCCGGGUGAAGAGAACCUGCCUGGAAAACCAUUAUGAAACACCCAUUGGGGCCCUCAGAAAGUAGUAUUAGAAUCGUAAUAUUGGAUGUGAAUAGAAUGUUUGCCAUUGGACUGCCGUCUACUGUGGAACCUUGCUUUUCGUCAUUCAUUCUUUCCCAAAGGUUUGAAAAAAGAAA